AUGAUUGUUUACCCUGCUGACCAUGGGGACAUGGAUCAAUUGAUUAACUUGGUAAGCAGUGAAAACCAAGAAGUUGUAAGAUGUGCUUGUGGAGCCUUAGUUAACAUGUUACUCGAUUCUCAAGGUAGAAAACAAUUUUUGAUUUCGAAAGGAAUCGAUAAUUUAGCAGGAAGAGCCAUUUGGAAUUCUUGUGCUGAUGUGUCUUCCGCAGCCAUGCACAAUAAUAUGGAAAGAUUGCUUAAUAUAUUAGCUAAUUCAUUAGAAGAAGAAAAAUGGAACGAUGGAGACGCUGCAUGGGAAGAAUUUGCAUCAAUAGCAACUGAUUUAUUAGAAAAAAUUAAUUCUCAUUUUGAAGUUUCUGCUUAG